GCGCGCGGGCUGGGCGCGGACGGGUGGGGCCGGGCGGUGCCGGAGCGGGCGAGGCGGCGGCGGUGGGUAGUGGUGUUGGGGUAUCCUACCUCCCUCCGCUUCCUCACGAGGAUUCUCGACGGAGGUUCGGGCUCAUUGAACUUAGCCCCUCGCUAUGGACUCCCAGAAAUGCUGCUCUAAGGAGAAUGAGAACAUUGCAGUUGAUAAAGGCUGUAUUCUGACCUCUAACAUCAUUAUUAGACCAGAGUCUAUUAACUUUCAGCAGGAAGCUCUACAAAGGAUCAUUUCUACUCUGGCAAAUAAAAAUGAUGAAAUUCAGAACUUUAUUGAUACAUUGAAUCAUACACUAAAAGGAGUUCAGGAAAAUUCUUCUUACAUACUUUCAGAGUUAGAUGAAGAAUUUGAUAGUUUAUACUCUAUAUUGGAUGAGGUAAAAGAAAGUAUGAUUAACAGUAUCAAGCAAGAACAAGCUCGUAAAUCACAAGAGUUACAGAGUCAGAUUAGUCAAUGUAACAAUGCCCUGGAGAACUCUGAAGAGCUACUGGAAUAUGCAACAAGAUCAUUAGAUAUAAAGGAACCUGAAGAAUUUUCAAAGGCUGCCAGACAGAUCAAGGAUAGAGUCACAAUGGCUUCAGCCUUUCGCCUUUCUUUGAAACCAAAGGUCAGUGACAACAUGACUCAUUUAAUGGUGGAUUUCUCUCAGGAAAGACAGAUGCUGCAAACUUUGAAGUUUUUGCCAGUCCCCAAAGCUCCAGAGAUAGAUCCUGUAGAGUGUUUGGUGGCUGACAACUGUGUAACAGUAGCUUGGAGAAUGCCAGAAGAAGAUAAUAAGAUUGACCACUUUAUACUGGAAUAUAGGAAGACUAAUUUUGAUGGACUUCCACGUGUAAAGGAUGAGAGAUGCUGGGAGAUAAUUGAUAAUAUAAAGGGUACUGAAUAUACGCUAUCAGGCUUAAAAUUUGAUUCAAAGUGUAUGAAUUUUAGAGUGCGAGCUUGUAACAAGGCUGUGGCUGGAGAAUAUUCUGAUCCUGUUACUCUAGAGACCAAAGCACUUAACUUCAGUUUGGACAACUCAUCAUCCCAUUUGAACCUGAAAGUUGAAGAUACCUUUGUAGAGUGGGAUCCUACUGGAGGAAAAGGUCAAGAAAGUAAAAUUAAAGGAAAAGAGAACAAGGGCAGUGUCCAUGUUACUUCACUGAAGAAACAUACAAGAAGUGGUACACCAUCCCCCAAAAGGACAUCUGUAGGCUCCAGGCCACCAGCAGUAAGAGGCAGCAGAGAUCGUUUUACUGGGGAAUCCUACACAGUGCUAGGAGAUACUGCUAUUGAAAAUGGACAACAUUAUUGGGAGGUCAAGGCCCAGAAAGAUUGUAAAUCCUACAGUGUGGGAGUAGCAUACAAAACGUUGGGGAAAUUUGACCAAUUGGGAAAGACAAAUGGUAGUUGGUGUAUCCAUGUCAACAACUGGCUACAAAACACAUUUGCAGCAAAGCAUAAUAAUAAAGUUAAAGCUUUGGAUGUUGCUGUUCCUGAGAAAAUAGGUGUAUUUUGUGAUUUUGAUGGGGGUCAACUUUCUUUCUAUGAUGCAAACUCAAAACAGUUGCUGUAUUCCUUUAAGACAAAAUUUACUCAACCAGUACUACCUGGUUUCAUGGUUUGGUGUGGUGGACUUUCUUUGAAUACUGGGAUGCAGGUUCCAAGUGCUGUGAGAACACUUCAAAAAAGUGAAAAUGGAAUGACUGGUUCAGCAAGCAGCCUGAACAAUGUUAUCAGUAAUGUCUAAAUAUUUUUACCCUCCCUCUUGCUUGGGGUGGCCUUUUCUGUGCAGUUACUAAUGACAGAAAUAUGUGAGUGGUUGAAAAUAAGAUUUGCUAUGUUCUGCUUUGAAGCCUGGAAUCUGUUAGCAUUAAGCAUCUAGUAUGAGGCAUUUGCAGGAACUUACUGUGCAAUAUCAUAGAAGCAAGCAGAUAUCAAUCAAGAAACUUAAUGUCUUGAAGAGUAAAUGGGGAAUAAGGCAGUGCUUAAAUAUUUACACAGAAACCCAUUUUUGUGUUUCUUGGAUUACUUUGGCUCUUCCAGUGUGUUUAAUUAUAUAUGGUAACCCUUGGGCCUGGGGUGAAAAGCUUCUAAAGUUUGCCUUCAUUCCUCUAUAUUUUCACUUUUCUAUUUCAUCACUACUUAUUAUUUAGUUCUUAUACUGAAGCUUUGUGGCUCA